AUGUCAAUUGGAACAUUCCCAUAUAAAUUAGUCUUUGGAAAGGCUUGCCAUUUGCCAGUUGAAUUAGAACACAAAGCUUUUUGGGCACUGAAAGUAUUAAACUUUGAAUUAACCUCUGCUGGUAAAAAGAGAUUUUUUCAGGUUAAUGAAAUGGAAGAGCUGAGGUUGGAAGCUUAUGAAAAUGCCAGAAUUUUCAAAGAAAAAACUCAAAUAUGGCAUGGCAAUUUGAUCCGACAAAAGAGUUUUAAAAUAGGAGAUCGUGUACUUCUCUACAAUAGUCGACUCACGCUAUUCCCAAGAAAAUUAAAAUCCAGGUGGACAGGUCCUUACAAUGUUACAGGUGUUACUUCCUAUGGAGCAAUUGAAAUUCAACAGAACAGUGGAGGAAACAAAUUUAAGGUAAAUGGUCAGAGACUCAAAUUGUACUUUGGAGGACAUUUUGAGCAGCAUCCAUCAGUCACUCUGAUAGACUGA